AUUCCGCUGCCGCACUACCAACCUUUAGCAUUUCUGUCCGAAUGUUUUUAAUCAUUUGUCUGGCUGAGUUUAACAAUUAUUAUUUAAGUAAAAAUUGUCGAAGUUUGCAACUGCAAUUUUACAAAUUUUGUGUAAAAUAAUUAUGUUACGUAGUGUCAUCGUUUCGGAAAAGUUGAUCGAAGAAGUUAAGAAGAGACCCGCGUUGUACGACGGCAGAACGCACGGAAGCGCUGACGCGAGUGUUCGGAAAGCGCACUGGGAAGAAAUCACAAAGGAUAUUUUCAGUCAGGUUUGGGACACGUCCAGCAUUAACGAAAAGGACGCUUUAGUUAAAGAAGUUCAGGUGAAGUGGAAAUCUCUCAGAGAUGCAUAUAACCGCGUAAGAAAACAAGAGAAAGAAGAUCAGUUAAAAGGCGUUACAAAGAAUAGGAAAAAGUACGUCUUCUAUGAUCAGCUUUCUUUUUUAGAACCUGUAUCUAAAAGUUAUUUCAGUGCAUAUAGUCCAAACGCAAUUUUUCUGCCAGAAGAUCGAAACGACGAUAGUAUGGACAAUAGUAACAUAUCCUUUGAAAACCCCACUAUUUUAAAAACAGAUCAAGAUAUUUACGAUUCCAAUACUGGAAUGAAACCUGGCGAUGAUAUACUGUUAGGUCAUCAUGACUCUGAAGAUCGCUUGUCCACAAUUUUAACAGAGCUUGUUAAAAUUCAGAAAGAAGAUCGAGCAGAUGACAGAAUGGGAAACAAAAAGUUUCUUUUAUCGCUUCUACCUUUUAUGGAAAAACUUCCUGAUGAUGUAAAUCUAGAAGUACGUCUUCAGCUAAUGAGUAUACUGCAAACUUAUUCUAACGGUGAAAGUUUCAUGAGAUCUUAGGAUAAAAAAAACGAACAUUCCUGUAUAUUUAUAGAUAGGUAUAGUAAUUUUAGAGUGUUGGGUGAAGUUUCUUUAUUGGUGCCUGAAUAUGCUGUUUGAAAAAUAAAAACUUUUUAUAU